CAUUCAUUGUGUAUUUCUCUUUCGCACGCUAGACAACAUCAGACUGUAUUCGCAUACAAUAAAACGUACAGAAAGAGCAUUUGUUUGCAUAUUUCGAUUUCUCAACUCGGUACAAACGAAUAAGGAACACACAAGAAAGUCGAUUGAGCAAAUAAAACAACAAGAAGUGUGAAACUAGAAAUUAGACUUCAUUGAAUUCGUGGUGGUUAUUUAACAAUUGUAUAAAUUAAAAAGAAAAAGAAACGAAAUAUACUCGGUGGUGAAAAAAAAAAUUUGUGUGUCGUAACACAUUGACGAUUAUACAUACACGUAUAUCAUUAGCCGAAAACAAGCAGCAGCAGCAGUAAAAAAAUGCUCAGAUCGAUUGAGCAAACGAAGCGGUUUUAGUGUGAUUCGUUCAGUGGGAUUAUGUUUGAAAGAAGUUGUGCACAAGAUAUUCCCAUUUCCUCGACGAGAACAGUAGCAGCAACAGUGGCACAACAACAACAACAACAACAGCAACAGCAUCAACAAAAACAAUUAGUUGACGUUGCGAUUCAUCAUCGUUGUGGUUUUCAACAUACGCAAGCAUCGAGCCCAAGAACACCAAAAAAUCAAACCAAAUUCAUUUCAACUGAGUCAUUGAACACACCACGUCGAACGGUGAAAUUUAAUUGUGAUACACCGUCGAAUCGAUCACCAUUUAAAACAACAACAAUUGCACAAAUGGCUGGCAGUAUGAAACAGGGCAAAGCACAGGAUGACAUUGUGUAUGUCGUUGCAAAAUAUGAUUAUGCAGCGCAGGGAAAUCAAGAAUUGGAUUUACGAAAAAAUGAACGUUAUAUGCUUUUGGAUGACUCAAAGCAUUGGUGGCGUGUACAAAAUAAUCGAAGCCAAUCGGGUUAUGUGCCGAGCAAUUAUGUGAAACGAGAGAAACCAUCGCUGUUCGAUAGCAUUAAGAAAAAAGUGAAAAAAGGUUCGGGCUCAAAAACACUGCCGAAUUGCUCGCCAUCACGUACCGUCGAUAGUCCAACAAUGCAACGACGCUUGCCGCCCGAUCCAGCUGAAGCGAUAGGCACCGCCAUUGUGAAAUACAAUUAUCAAGCUCAACAACCGGACGAAUUGGCGCUGUCGAAAGGCACACGAAUUCUCAUACUUGAAAAGUCGAACGAUGGAUGGUGGCGUGGCCAAAGCGGAAAUGCUGUCGGCUGGUUUCCUAGCAAUUAUACAACCGAAGAAUGCGACACGAAUGACGAACAAAUACACACGUAUGCCAUGGCUGAAAAUGUACUGGACAUCGUAGUCGCUUUAUACUCAUUCAAUUCGAAUAAUGAUCAAGAGCUGUCAUUUGACAAAGGUGAUCGACUCGAAAUCGUAGAUAGGCCUGCUUCCGAUCCAGAAUGGUACAAAGCUCGUAAUAAUAAUGGCCAAAUAGGAUUAGUACCGCGAAAUUAUUUACAAGAAUUGCAAGAAUAUUUAUCGCAACCAUAUCGAGGAUGUCAACCAAACAAUGAUUCAAUCGAUCGUCGCAAUGAUACGAUGAAGAGCUCCAUUUCACCACCGCCAAUAAAUAACGUUAACAAUCAAAUCGAACGUCCGAAUUUGGCUGGUAAGAGCUGGUACUAUGGAGCCAUUACACGGAGUCAAUGUGAUACAGUGCUAAAUUCACAUGGACACGAUGGUGAUUUUCUCAUCAGAGACAGUGAAACAAAUAUGGGUGAUUUUUCAGUGUCAUUGAAAGCGCCUGGUCGUAACAAGCAUUUCCGAGUUCAUGUCGAAAAUGGCAUGUACUGUAUCGGACAACGAAAAUUCCACAGUUUAGAUCAACUGGUUGAUCAUUACCAAAGAGCGCCAAUUUACACAAACAAGCAGGGCGAAAAAUUGUAUUUAGUUCGAUCACUACCCAAAGCGAACGGUACUUAAAACAUUUAUGUGUGUAAGGAAAUGAAAAGAUUAAAUCUUAAUUAAAAAUUUGUAUUUGUCGCGUAAAAAGAAAACCAAGUAAGGCAGGAAAAAUGCUAAAUUUAUAUAACUAAUAUCAUAAAUAGCGAAAAGAAAAUAUUGCAUAUAAACUCUAUAUUCAAGAUAACAGACAUUUAACCCUCUGUAAUCGUAAACCGAAGAAUAGAGAUUUUCGUAUGAAAUACGAAUCAUUUACAUGCCAUUUUAUGAAUGUGUGUUUAUACGAAAAGUCACAUAACAUUAUAUAUUAUAUGCAAACAUAUAAAGACACGAAAUGGGUUUUUGAACUGA